AGACAAAAACCAUUAUCCAUUAUUUUAUAAGGAGAGGGAGAGCCGGAGAGGGAAGAGAUUGGGAGAUACCUCUAUAUAUGUACUGGUUGGAUCCUCUGCUUUGUGACACCUGCGAUGAAGAAGAUGGUCGGAAUCCUCCUACUCUCUCUCUUGGUCUCUCCGCUGUUGUCCGUUGAGGCCCAAUACGGCAUCAACGUUUGGCCCAAGCCCAGAUCGUUGUCUUGGCCCAAACCUGAAGCCACUCUUCUUUCCCCAAACUUCACUAUCACCUCCCCUCCUCAGACAUACCUCUCCGCCGCCGUCAAUCGCUAUCGAAAGCUCAUUCUCACCGAGCGCCACCGCCCUAUUAUCAAUCCCUCUGUCAAUAUCUCCAAUUCUAUCCCUUAUCUGCAGACUCUCACAAUCAAUGUCGCGGAUCUUGUCUACCCGCUUCACCACGGUGUCAUGGAGUCGUACACUCUCAGCAUCCCCUCCAACGAAUCCGCAGCCACUCUCACGGCGGAGACCGUCUGGGGUGCCAUGAGGGGACUGGAGACUUUCUCUCAGCUCGUGUGGGGAAACCCCUCAUUAGUGCCGGUAGGGCUUUAUGUGACGGACUCGCCACUGUUUGGACACAGAGGGAUAAUGCUCGACACUUCGAGGAAUUACUAUGGAGUUGAGGACAUACUGAGAACAAUUGGGGCUAUGAGUGCUAAUAAAUUGAAUGUGUUUCAUUGGCACAUUACGGACUCUCACUCGUUUCCAUUGGUGGUUCCAUCAGAGCCAAACCUAGCCGCGAAGGGUUCUUAUGGGCCGAACAUGCAGUACUCGCCGGAUGAUGUGAGAAAAAUCGUUCAAUUUGGUCUCGAACAUGGUGUUAGGGUUCUGCCGGAAAUCGAUUCUCCAGGCCAUACAGGAUCUUGGGCUGAGGCAUACCCAGAAAUAGUGGCGUGUGCAAACAUGUUCUGGUAUCCAGCAGGGACCGAAUGGGCUGACCGGCUUGCAUCCGAGCCAGGAACGGGGCACCUGAACCCUUUGAACCCCAAGACCUACCAAGUCCUGAAAAAUGUCAUCAAUGAUGUGGUCAGCCUAUUCCCAGAGCCGUUCUACCAUGGCGGAGCAGAUGAGAUCAUCCCUGGUUGUUGGAAAGCUGAUCCUGCCAUUCAAUCCUUUUUGUCUAAGAACGGAACCCUCAGUGAGCUCCUUGAGAUGUUCAUCAACUCCACUUUACCUUACAUCGUGUCCUUAAAUCGCACUGUUGUUUAUUGGGAAGAUGUUUUACUAGAUGCCAAUAUUAAGGUGAAUGCUUCGAUUCUUCCUCGUGAAAGGACCAUUUUACAGACAUGGAAUAAUGGGCCAAACAACACAAAACGGAUUGUUGAUGCUGGUUUCCGGGCUAUUGUGUCAUCUGCUGAUUUCUACUACUUGGAUUGUGGCCAUGGUGACUUUCUUGGGAACGACAGCGAAUAUGAUCAGUCGCCAACUAGUGAUCAGUCGCCAACUAGUAAUAGCACGAGAAAUGGCGGAUCGUGGUGUGGACCCUUCAAAACAUGGCAAACCAUAUAUAACUAUGACAUAACAUAUGGCUUGAGUGAGGAGGAGGCCAAAUUGGUGCUGGGUGGGGAGGUUGCCUUGUGGUCAGAACAAGCGGACCCAACAGUCUUAGAUGCAAGGAUUUGGCCUAGAACUUCAGCAAUGGCAGAGACUUUGUGGUCAGGGAAUCGGGAUCAAACAGGUAAGAAGAGGUCUGCAGAGGCAACUGAUCGGUUAAAUGAGUGGAGGCACAGAAUGGUUAGCAGAGGGAUUAGGGCCGAGCCAAUUCAACCACUUUGGUGCAUAAAAAAUCCAGGCAUGUGCAACACAGUUCAACCAUUUGUCCAGUAAUAUGCUUUUACUACAUAUCAAAUGUCAUACAUUCAUCUUGAUUGUCUUUGUCAUUGUUAAAAUAAUUUAUGUGCACAUCUUUUAUGCAUUUUCUCUAUGUUGUUUUGGUCAUGGUUAACUUGAUUUUCAAUUUUUUCUGAGAGUACACUAGUGAAGAAAGAUUGUUAUCCUU